AUGAGAUGGGCUAUAGCGGUGGUUUCAGUUUCCACUGCGACAGCUUUGCUUAUUCAAGAAAGUGUGUCAAACUGGAGCUCAAGCUCGUUGAAUCAGACGACGCUUUGCAAAUAUCCCAGAAGCAAAGAGCCGAAGAAAGAACGGGCCGAAUUCGUGCACAGCGUAAAUGGAACUCCUCGUCAACCUCUCCUCGUAACACUUGCUAAAUCGCGCUUGGUUUUGUCCUCCGGGGUGCCUGCCGCGGCCCUGGACGGGAUUGAGCAGUACUCACACUGCUGGUUAAUCUACGUUUUUCACGAGAACACAGACUUACACAACUUGUGGGAGCUAUCGAGCCAUCGAGACUUCAAGGCUAAGGUGGAACGUCUGGAGCAUGGAAUUCUAAUGCUUUCCGGAGCUGAUCUCGUUGAUGGCACGGCCGGCGGAGAGGACGAUCCACUCGCCGUGGCUUCCGUCACCUUCACUGAAGCUUCUCUAAAUGGCCUCGAUGAGUGCUGGAACAAAAUGGAAAGGUUCUCACUCUAUUCCAGUUCCAGAGAGCUACAUGAUUUCAUAGCGCAGGUUCUCUCUCGCGAUAUUCGCUCCUUGAGCCAGCGGCAGAGGCCGCACGAUGGAGUGGUCAGCGAGAUCGCGCAGCCACUCUAUGGCGAUUCUUCCGAGCUCCAUAAUGGAGGAGGGGAUGAAAAGCUCGUGCUUUACAAUGUGAUUCUCGAGGGCCUGAAGAUCUCCUACACAGUUGAUGCCGAUUGCAAGGUGGUGGUAAGGAGUGUCCAAGCCUCAUCACACUUGCUAGAGAAUCCACUUUGGCCAGCGGCAAAAUCUACUUAG